UAACCGCUUAAAAAAAAACCAAUGCGCGCUUCUCUUUUGGAAUUUAUGGAACUGUAACAAGGCUGCUUUUGUGUUUCCCAGUUAAUUUACUUCAAUAUUUCCUUGUAAUAUCGCAUCAACAAUGCUAGAUUAGCGUUUCCAUCGCUACGGACAGCGUCUGCAAGUGUUUUGGAGCUUCUGCGAGCGUUUUAUGGAUCAAUAUCGAACCGCCAAGGAAAUGCAUGCAUAGCGUCAGUGUUUGCAAAUGGAGACGAAAUCAGGCGUUGGUAUACAAGACCAUUGGAUGAAAGGUAUGAUGGAACCGGCGGCAGUCGAAAACGACGCGCGAUCAGUUAAACGCGAAAAAAUGGCCGAAACAUACAACGGAAACGAGAAUUAUGACAAACAACAAGCAGAUAUGAGGUUCAGAUGCGAUGAUUGUAAUCUGACGUUCGAAGGUAUGGAGUACUUGCUCCUACACAAAAAGUUUCACGGUAACGUGAACGAAAAAGAUGCGCCGAUGCUAGAGGCGGAGACCUCGGAGCGCCCAGCGAAGGAGGGCCCUAAAAAACGAAGGAAAUUUAAAUGUGAUCAGUGUGAUGUGAAAGUCAAUUCCCAGUACCACCUAGACAUACACAGGAGCAAGCAUGAGGGAGCAGCUUCAAAAAAAUUCAUCUGUGAAGUAUGUGACCGUAGUUUUGUUGCAGCUCAGUUCUUAAAAUCACACAUGCAAACUCACUCGUCAGUGUCAACGAUAAACUGUGAAAUAUGCAACAAAAGUUUCACCGGUCAAGCGUAUUUGAAACUCCACAUGCAGCUACACAACGACAUAAAAAAAUUCAAAUGUGGAAAAUGUGAAGAGAUGUUCCCAACGAAGAACUGUUUAAAACUCCACAUGAAAAAGCAUACAAAAGUAAAAAAUUUCAAGUGCGAUUAUUGCAAUAAAUUGUUCGUAUCAAAAAUCACAAUGGAGAAACACAGGCAGACGCACGAGGGUCAACCGGCUGAUUGUUUAUUAAAAUGCACACAGUGUGACCGGACUAUGCAUUCUUCUCUUCUUCGGACACACAUGACACGGGCACAUCCUCCGAACGUAGAUGACGAUGUUAAGAGACCAUUUAAAUGCUCUACAUGUGGCAAAAGUUUCAUUAUGAAAAUCAACUUAAAUCUUCACAUCCGAGUGUGUCACCCGGACCUCGCUGAGCCAGAGGACGAAGAGGAAGAAGUGAUGACGGAUAACUCUUAGAAUAAGUCAACUUUUAGUUGUAAGAGUAGUUUAAACGCUUAUAUUAUUAGUAACCACUGUAUUAUUACUGAAUAAUUAUACUUUUUUAUGCUAAAUAA